AAGUAGGCAGAGCCGAAGCAGGAAUCCCGAGCUGAUCUUACCGUCAGCGGCCGUGUUUAUUCUCGGUCGACCGUUUCACCGUUUUCACCUUUAAUAUCCAGGUUACAUGCUGCGUGGCUUCCUGGCUGGUCGAGGUAGGCGCUUUUCUUGGGAUUCGAUCGUUUCGCAGCACCAGCUAUGACCACUCUUAUCCAGAGAAACUCGGGCCUCGUCCAGCGGAGGACCGAGGCCAUCCGCAGCGCCGCCGCCGACAGAGAGAGGGAGUCCGGCGGGGAGGAGGACGAGGCGCGCCGCGGGGAGGAGGAGGAGGACGACGACAAGGGGGACUCGAAGGAAACCAGGCUCACUCUGAUGGAGGAGGUGUUGCUCUUGGGCCUCAAGGAUCGAGAGGGCUACACGUCUUUCUGGAACGACUGUAUUUCUUCCGGUCUUCGCGGGUGCAUGUUGGUGGAGCUGGCUCUCAGAGGACGGCUACAGCUGGAGCCCUGCGGUGUCAGGAGGAAAAGUCUGCUCUCCAGGAAGGUGAUCUGCAAGUCAGACGCCCCGACAGGAGAUGUGCUACUGGAUGAGGCCUUGAAGCACAUUAAAGAAACCCAGCCUCCAGAGACGGUCCAGAGCUGGAUCGAGCUGCUGAGUGGAGAGACCUGGAAUCCCCUGAAGCUGCACUACCAGCUGAGAAAUGUUAGAGAGCGUCUGGCAAAGAACCUGGUAGAGAAAGGCGUGCUCACCACAGAGAAACAGAACUUCCUUCUUUUUGACAUGACCACACAUCCGCUCACCAACAGCAUCAUUAAACAGCGCCUCGUCAAGAAGGUCCAGGAAUCCGUUUUGGACAAGUGGGUCAACGAUCCCCACCGCAUGGACAAGCGGGUUCUGGCCCUGAUUCUUCUUGCCCACUCCUCCGACGUUCUAGAGAAUGCCUUCGCCCCACUUCAAGACGACCAGUACGACCUUGGCAUGAAGAGAGUCCACACUCUGCUGGAGCUGGAGCCGGAGAAGGAGAGCGCAAAGCCCAACGUCAACGAACUUAUGUGGGCCGUGGUAGCCGCAUUCACUAAAUGAAAAACACCUGAUUGGUUGGACUGGAAGAUCUGGCUAUGGUCUGUGUUAUUUAAUUGGUUGAAGGACUUCACUUAAUGAGACAAUCUAUUUUUUGGUUGGGGAGCCUGUUUGUACAUCUAUUCCGGAUGACGUUUUGCUGGCAGUCCAUGUUAAAACUCAGUGCAAUCUGAUUGGUGGUGGGCUUCCCCAAGUUAUAUUUGGUUGGUUGGAACAGUCUCUAAAUGAAAAACGACUGGCUGCUUCACACAGUGAGGUAUAUUAUCUGCUGCUGCGAGGCUGGAUAUACUCCAAAAUGUCAACACUACAAACAGAUGGGUUUCUGUUAAUGUUAGAUGACAUCAAAGAACAAAGCAGAUGGCAGCAGUAGUCAUGGUGAAUAUGAAGAUUUUGACUGGGGCCAAGUUUCCCUUCUUCACAAAGGAAACAUCAUCUCUACAUUACUACAAGAUGUGGCCAGAAUCAAAUCCUGGUCUGGUCUCCAUAUACCCUCCCACAUGCUUAAGCAAAGAUAAAGGAUAGCAAAUCACACUGCUAUUGAUGCUCUUUGCACUCACACAGGUCUCUUGCUAUUCAUUCUCACUUAUGUUGGGAGUAUUUGCUAAAGGGUUACUGAUAGAAUAGACUACCUGAAUGUUUUACUCUGUCCCCUCAUAACUUCUCAUUCCUCCUUUUCUUCCUUAUUGAAUUUUGAGGAGGAAAUGGAGGACAAAUUAAAGCCUGCAUCAUCAAAAAUGAGCCGGGUAAUUUAGCCCUCCAUAAAUUCUGACCUAAAUGAAGAAAAAUUCUUUAUCUCAUAAGCCGAAAUGGGUCCAUUCUGUGUUUAUAGAAUGAGACUAGUCUUCCAUUUCUAUUUAUGUCGCUAGUCGAUGCUUGGAGUAGCCUGCCAUUUAUCAACUAUUUUGCACAGUCAAUAGGUCUGCAGGUAGGAUCGUAUUUAUAGGGAUUGUUCUUGGGUUGAGUGACACACUUGAGAGGAUGAGAUUGAAAGCAACUGUAGUUUAAAAAAAAAAGAAAAAAGAUCUCACUCAUUUUGUCUACAACUGUUAAUCUUUAUGAAAACUUAAAAGUCAUUCCUCUGCACAGUGCGAGUUGAGAUGUAAAAACAAAGAGUGAUCUGAUUUGGAUCAGCCUACACAAUAUUUACAGUAUAAUCAGCUGCAGCUUCUUUUACAAACAGGGUGGGGAAUGUUAGCCAAGCUGGCUAGUUUAAAAUUAUGAAAAUGUUCGAUUCACCCAAAUUAUUUAAAAAAUAUAUAUUUUCUCACUAUUAGUAUCUUGCUAUGGAGUUAGCUUUGGUUUUAUUUAGGUUUUGAAAAAUGUCUGAGAGAUAUCACCCUCUAUCUUUAUACAUUGAGGGUAAAUGGAAUUUCCUUUUAAGAUGCUCAUCAGUACAAAAGAUGUAGAAACAACGUCUCUGUGGAGUUUUCCACUGAUCCACCAUCUUUACUGUAAACAGUUUUUCUGAGAACUACUUUGCACUAAAGAGAUCGUCCCUGUUAAAUAGCUUGUCUCACAAGAUACCAACAAACUGAGACAAUGUUUUUUAUUAUUUGGGUGAACCGACCCAUCUUAAGUUUUCCAUUUGCAAUAUAUUGUAUCUCUAAGUUUUUAUGUCAUGUCAUAAUUAGAUGUUAUUUCUAGGCCCAGGCGGGCAUGUUGUAUUGUUUAAUUCAUGCAGAUGAUGGGAGGGUUACUUGGGCCCCAGAUAAAUCCUUGUUAUAGACUGAAGCUGUUCAACAACAUGCAAUCUGUUGGAACAAAAACGAUCUCCGAACAUGGUCAAGUGCAGAUCUUGGAACGCUCCUGUUUCAUUCUAUAAAAUGAUGAUUGUAAACAUCCUGGCCUGACAAGUGUGAUCUGUGUAUGAAGUUCCAUCACCUUUUGUUUCAUGGCAUACUUAUAGUUUUGUCUUUUUUUCUACCAACAAAAUACCAAUAGGUAUGAAGAACAGUUGAGCUCUGUUUACAGCAAAGAGACCAUGCAUGCUUUUGGUGGAGGGCUGGGGUACUUGUGGAUGUAGCUACAGAGAAAAGGCUUGUAUGUAAUUAUUAGUCAUUUUAUGUGUACGAUCUAAUGGAAUUCAAUGAAAGGGAUCUUCUCUACUAUCCUCUAUAAUUCUGUAUGCUUUUGUAUUACCACACAAAAUAAAGUAAGGAUCCUUUAAGUGCCUGAAUUUA